ACACCCUCCCAGGAAAAAAACAAAAAUUACUUUAAAUCUACUAAAAGGAGCUUGUUCAUAAUAAGCAGUGUGCAUGUUCCUUAGAACUACAGUAUAAGCUGACACAAAGCUUAAAAAGUUACUGCUGACUGCACAUGCCAGGGGUGGGGAGGUAUUCUGCAUAGUGAUAACAGGAUAAAUUGGUAGAAGUCUAUGAAAAACAGUCAGAAAGAGGAAACUAGCAGUCCUGCAUGGAGAGGGAAGGCCGGUCACAGAGGGGAAGCACAAAGGGCCCUCUGCGCUGCAGAUUUCCCAGACCCACCCUUCCUCACUGACAGACUUGGCUUGAGGGCUGAUGAGGGAGCAGAGUUUGUCUUUUUUGUCACGAACUUGCAUCAGAACGGCCCGGCAUGGGGUACACAGUGGACAAGGGUUAAAUACAGUGACAGCUGAUGCGGAGUUCAGGGAUGUUCUAGGUCUAACUUAACAGGUUUCCCAUUGGUACUCUCCCUCUCUGCCCUCCCAGGAUGCUUCCCAUUUUCAAAAGAAGAGUUCUAAGUAGGAAGUUCACCUCCUGCCGACCUCAAAACCAUGCCUCAGGUGAGAUGAUAUACCUUCUCUUUCUGAAAUACCUUGUUUUCAGGAUGCUUCCCAUUUUCAAAAGAAGAGUUCUAAGUAGGAAGUUCACCUCCUGCCGACCUCAAAGCCAUGCCUCAGGGGUCCGUGUCAUUCAAGGAUGUGACUGUGGACUUCACCCCGGAGGAGUGGGAGCACCUGGACCUCGCCCAGAAGUCCCUCUACAGGGACGUCAUGUUGGAAAACUAUUGCCACCUCGUCUCUGUGGGGUUUCACAUGGCUAAACCUGAUAUGAUCCGCAAGUUGGAACAGGGAGAAGAACCAUGGACAACAGAGAGAAUUUUUCCCGGUCAGCUCUACCUAGAAGAAAAUGGAAACCCUGAAGAUGUUUUAGUGAAAUUCAAAGAAUACCAAGACAGGAAUUCAAAAUCAGUUGUAUUCAUCAACCACAAAAGACAAAGUAAGGAGAGAAGUAAUAUUUUGGGGAAAACAUUUGCCAUAGGCAACAAGCGUACUAUAUCGAAAGCAACACUAUGUGACUAUAACCCUGAUGGAAAGGUUUUGAAAAAUAUUUCAGAAUUAGUCAUUAGAAAUAUCAGCCCUAUAAGAGAGAAGUUUGGUGAAGGUAAUGGAUGGGAGAAAUCACUCAAUACCAAGCAUGAGAAAAUUCAGACUGCAGGAAAUCUCUGUAAACAAACAGAAGGGAGUCAUGAUGGGAAACAAGAGCUUAACCAGCAUCAGAAGUUUCAAGCUCCAGAGCAAUCAUUUGAACAUAAUGACUUCCUAAUGAAGGGAAUGUUAUUUACACACACAAGAGCUCUUAGAGGAGAAAGACCCUUUGAAUGCAAAAGAGAUGAACUAGAUUUCAUCGAAAAGUCAAAUCUCAGUGUACAUCCACAAAAUCUUAAUGAGAAGAAGCCCCAGGCUUAUAACAAAUAUGGAAAGCUCCUCUGCAGGAAGCCUAUGUUUAUUAUGCAACAGCCAUCUCCAACAGAAGAGAAACCUUUUCAGUGUCCUUACUGUGGGAACAGCUUUAGGAGGAAGUCAUAUCUUGUUGAACAUCAGCGAAUUCACACAGGUGAGAAACCUUAUGUUUGCAGUCAAUGUGGAAAGGCCUUCCGUCAAAAGACAGCACUCACUCUUCAUGAGAAAACACACAUAGAGGGAAAACCCUACAUUUGUCUGGAUUGUGGGAAGUCCUUCCGCCAAAAGGCAACCCUCACGAGACAUCAUAAAACACAUACAGGGGAGAAAGCCUAUGAGUGUGCUCAAUGCGGAAGUGCUUUUAGAAAGAAGUCAUACCUCAUUGAUCAUCAGAGAACUCACACAGGGGAGAAACCCUAUCAGUGUAACGAAUGUGGGAAGGCCUUUAUUCAGAAGACAACCCUCACAGUACAUCAGAGAACUCACACAGGAGAAAAACCCUACAUUUGUAAUGAAUGUGGGAAGUCCUUCUGCCAAAAGACAACCCUCACUCUCCAUCAGAGAAUUCACACAGGGGAAAAACCCUAUAUUUGUAAUGAAUGUGGGAAGUCCUUCCGCCAGAAGGCAAUCCUCACUGUCCAUCAGAGAAUACAUACAGGAGAGAAAUCCAAUGGAUGCCCUCAGUGUGGGAAAGCCUUUAGUAGAAAGUCAAAUCUCAUUCGUCAUCAGAAAACUCACACUGGAGAGAAGCCCUAUGAAUGUAAAGAAUGUGGGAAGUUCUUCAGCUGUAAGUCAAAUGUCAUUGUACAUCAGAAAACUCACAAGGUAGAAACCAUGAUAAUUCAGUAAAGGAUAUAACUUUUCUUGGUAAAAACUUUUAAAGUCAUGGUAGACCUUGUAUAUGAUGUUGAUUGCAAGUGUAAAAGUGGUCAACAGUUUAAAGUAUGAUAUCACAUAUUUACCAUUUGCCAGCCUAAAAACACCCAGAGAACUACGAGAUAAAUGACAUGACAAAAACUCAUUGGAAAAACAAGCUUAGGUUUUUCAUUAUUAGAUUCAAGAGACAUAAACUUCCCUUCAAGUUGUUAUACACAUUUAAAAGUGCUUAUUUUCAAUUUCAAUAUACUUGUGACCCCAUAAUAAACAGUUAGCUUACUAAUAUGGUCCACAGGUCACACUGUGAGUAGAAGUGCUUUAAAACAAAAAGGAGGUAUGAGUUGUACUUUCCAUUGCAAAUAUAGAAUACAAAUUAGUUGCUUCCUCCUCAAAGUUAACCACAGCUCUGACUUCUAACAUUAUGAAUUAGUUUCUGCAUAUUAUAAAUCUUUAUAUAAAUUGGAUUAUAUAUUAUGUAUUCUUUCCUAUAUGGCUUGUUUCAUUAAUCAUGUCUAAAACUCAUCAUUAAUGCAUGAGACAAAAGUUCAUGUAUUUCAAUCUAUAUAGAAUUCUAUUAUAUCACAGUUUAUCCCGUUUACUUUUGAUGGACCUGCUUAUUGUUUACAGCUUUGGGUCAGAAUAAAUAACACUCCUACAAUCA